UGAUUGGCUAUAAAUGAGUGUAUUAUAGGUUAAUGUAUUAAUGCAAACAUGUGUUCAAAACAAUGAAUGUAUUAUUAAUUAGAGUGGUUAACGGUUUGACACGAUUGUCACCAACAGUGACCAGAUUUAGUCAAUCGAUUGCAUUUGAGUCAAGUAUUUCUGUUAUACCGAAGGAAUACACAAAAGACUGGAAACAAUCGGAAGAAUACACCAAAGAUUUGCCCGACCCAACUCUGGCCAAUCCAUAUAAUAAGCCCAAGAAGUUAUGUAUUUUAUGUAAAUAUGGUAUUAAAGUUGAUUAUAAGAAUACCCAACUUUUGUCUCAAUUUGUUAGUCCAUAUACGGGACGACUGUAUGAUAAGCACAUCACCGGCUUAUGUGAAAAACAACAUCAAGUGUUAAAACAAGAGUAUGAAAAAUCUGUCGCAUAUUACCUGAUGUCCAGUGAUUUUCGCGAACCAAAGUACGCAAAGGAUCCUAAACUGUUUGAUCCAACACGACCUCAACGACCCAAUCCUUAUUGAUAUUUUGAUUGUAAUUUAGUUUUCAUAUCAUUUAUUAAACAGACUUUAAUUAAUUAAAUGUUUAUCAUAUUUGAAAUUAAAAUUAAAAUUUAUUCGGUUUUUAUGUAAUGAAGAUAUUUUUGAUUUGGGUGUGAAUUAAAUUACUAAAUCAACAAAAUUAUAAUAUAAUAAACAUUU